CGUUCCUUCCGGGCCCUUCCUAGACUCGAGGCCGGCCUCUUUCGUUUUCCCGAUCCGCUUUCUCUUUCUAAGAUGUCACUUCCGGUAAACAAGAAAACAACAUACCAGGAAGGAAGAAACCCUUAGGAAUCUGGAGUUCGAAGUAGAGGAUCUGGCUGGAUGAGUAUAGCCCAAGGGGAUUGGAGCUGCAACAUGGUGCAGCCAAGUGGAUGCCCUGCUGGUGACUAUGGCAUGAUGGGAGAUGACUCCUCCCUGGGCAAACCUGGUACCCUUCAGUUGCCAGCUGAGCUGGCAGGACAUGAAGUUGUACAAUAUUUCCUGGCUGAGAACAGAGACCUUAAAGAAGCCAUCCGACAGAGUAAUCACAUGCUACGAGAGCGGUACCAGGAAUUUGUGCAGUUCCAUGCUUCCAAAAAGGAGGAGAAAGAAUUCAUUAUGAGCAAGUUUCAGGAGGCUCGGCUUGUGGUGGAAAAAUUGCACCUGGAACGCAUGGAGUUGGAAAAACAGUUGCAGCAGGCUUUUCAGGAUCUGGAGCGAUUGAAGACAGCUUCUCAACCAUUUCUCUCAGAAAAAGACCUCUCUGGCAUACAAGAGGAGUCAGACACUGUGACUCUUACUGAGGAAGAUGUACUUACUGUGACAUCGGGGCUACUAAAACAGAAAAAGGAAAGGCUGGAAGAGGACUGGAAGGCAUUGCAAGAUGCCAACCAGGUCUUACAGAAGGAAAAACUUGCCUUGGAGGCUAAGAUCACCAUACUGCAACAAACAGCCAAGGUCACUGUCCCAGUAGAGGAGUUCAAAAUAAAGAUUGAAGAGAAUAGUUGUUUAUUGGAGCAGUCCCUGGAAGUAGAGUCCCUGCAGAGCUCAGGGGACAAUGCUGGUGGGAAACAAAUUGAGCAGCUGCAAAAAAGGCUGAAGGAGGCUGAAGAUGAAAGCUUAGCCCUUCGGCAACAGCUGGCAUCCAGUUUGGAGGAGCUAGCCUGCUGGACUGCCCGGGAGCAGGAGAUCCAGCAGCAGCUACAAACCUUGAGCAAACAACUAGAGCAAGCUGGGGAGGAUAAGACUUUAGCAAAGGCCCAGGUGACAUCUCUGCUGGGGGAGCUGCUGGAGAGCCAAAGCCGCCUCGAAACUUGUACAGACCAAAACAAAGAGCUGGAGGAGAGGGUUCGUGGGGCUGGUGAACGACUGCAGCAGCUUGAAAAAGAGGCUGAAAUCCGCAACAAACAGCACGGUGUACAGGUGGAUCAGUUGAGGUUGCAGGUGCAAAACCUUGAGAGUGCUUUGCGAGUGGAACGACAGAGUGCCACAGAGGAAAAGAGAAAACUAGCUCAAGUGCAGGUGGCCUAUCACCAGCUCUUCCAGGAGUACGAUGCCCACAUCAAAACCAGCUUGGAAACUGAGAAGCGAAGCAAGAGCUUGGAUCUGCAGCUGGCUGAACUGUCUCAGCAAAUGCAGCAGGCUGAGGAGGCUCUGGUAGCCAAGCAAGAGCACAUUGACAAGCUGAAGGAGGAUGCUGAACAACACAAAACUGUCAUGGAGACUGUGCCUGUGCUCAAGGCCCAGGCUGAUAUCUACAAGACAGAUUUCCUGGCAGAGCGCCAGGCACGUGAAAAGCUACACGAACAACGAGAGAUCCUGCUGGAGCAGGUUGCCCAGUUGCAGAGGGAGAAUGAGAAGCUGAAAGCCGACUCUGAAGGAGUCAGCCGGACUCUGAUGGAAGAGAUGAGAAAUCGCCAUUCAGAAAUGCGUCCGCCUCCUCAGCCGACUUUCUUGAUGGGCACCACCCCAUUCCAUCCCCAGCUUGUAACAGGGCGAAGACAAAAUGUUUUAGAAGAACAGCCUAUCCACUAUUGUCCCAAAUGCCAGUAUAAAGCUCCAGACAUGGACACCCUACAGAUCCAUGUCAUGGAUUGUAUCCAGUGACAGUGAAGAAGGAGGGGAAACUCCAGGCUGAUGUACAUUUGCAUUGCUUUAAACAGAACCAGCAGUUCAGCUGCCAAUCCUGGAGCAAAAAAUGUGGACUGUCUUACUUCCUACUCCCCUAUAUGUCAUUAACUUUCUUCCUCUUAUAAUAAUGGCUGAGCCUACUGCUGACCUUGUCCCAAGCCUGGCUAUUAUAGCCACGGAGGAAAAGGUCGCACUAUUCUAGGUUUGUGUAAAACAAUCUUUUCAAGUGCUUUUGAUUCAGUGUGCAUCAGGGAUACCAGGGAUUAGGUCAUUCCCUCAGAAUAAUAAGUCACAUGUCUAUUCAAUUCUCUCAUUUCAUGGGUGAUGAAAAAAAUCCCUCCUUCCCUAUAGACUACUGCUCCUCUUUGUCCCACAUCCCAGUAAGUUUUUAAAUGCCUUAAACAGUUCAAGUCAUGAGGUAAUUAUUUUAUUUAUAAAAUAAAAGGGAUAGAGGGGUGUUUUCUUCUGCUUUCUAAAAGGGCUUCCAAAUGAAUUUGCUUGAACCAAUUCUUAGGCUGAAAAAGUAUUGUAUGACUCUUUCACCUUAAGUCAAUUAAAGCAACAAUGAAGAUAAUCA